UGCUUCCCGGGGGAGGAUCUGGGAACACAAGAAGCCGAAGGCCGUUUUAUCCCCACUCAAGUUACUUCAAAGGACGGCACCAUGGAGACAGCCCCGCGGAACCAGCCAGAGGCCAAGAGUUUAGAUAAGGAGGGAGCUUCUGCAAGGAACUCGAAAAAUCCCAGCCGGCUCUACCGAAGGUCCAUCAAAACACAGAUUGAGAAACGCCGCAGGGCCCGCAUCAAUGCAAGCCUAGAACAAUUGAAGAAGCUACUUCAACAGCCAGUGGAUCAACAGGACACUAAAGCCAAGUCACAUUUGGAGAAAGCUGAGAUCCUGGAGAUGACGGUGCAACAGCUUCGCCAGCUCAAGCAGCAAGGUAUGGUUGCUGUUUCUUCUUUCCAAGAUGGGCAAGAUUUUGCUGCUGGUUACUGUCACUGCCUUAAGACUGUCCACUUCUUCUUGACCUCAGCCAGUUCCUCUCCAAGUCAAGACAAGGCAUCACAAAUCUUGAAGUACCUGGAAGAGACUUCAGCUUCCAUAGACUGGAAAACGCACAAGCCAGAUUCUCUCUCCAUGCCUCAGUCGGCCUUUCUAUCGUCAUCUCCUUCUCUGCAACCUGCAGGGACAUCUUUUUCAGACUCUUACACCUUCACUGUUCGAUCUCGGCUGCAUCCUUCUCUGGUUUCUAUGCUGCUGCCCCAAGUGCACGUGACUUGUAUUCAGCCAGCAUCACCUGCAACUACCACCCAUAUAUGGAGACCGUGGUGAAUAGCAUUCUGCAUCCAGGAGGCUUGCCUCCCUCAUAGCCCAACCAAAGCAGAGGAAGUGUGGGUUACCUUCUGCGAACUCGAGCCUGCUCCUCAAGUAAUAAACUGUCAGUAUCAAGGACUUAGCAAAAUAGAUCGGCUCCCAGUUAAGAAUCCACCUUCCUUUCUGAUGCCGAACACUUUCUCCUAUCUGAUUGUGCUUUCAAACCUGCCCAACUCUCUGAACCAGUUCAGGACAAGCAAGUUGAAUGAAAAGAACAUAGCCUCCUAGUUAUCUACAUCUCAUGGUCAAGGAAGCAAUGGACACAGGGAAAAUACAGGAGUCUAGUUGGCUUAGAAAAGUCAUUUCAACCAAUAUGGUUUGCCUGGUGUCUGUGAAGUACCAUUAUUGGUGCAGUAUUCACUUGCUAAUUUAACAGGUUUUCCAGAGCUAAUUCCAUAUUUUAGAGGCAUGCUGCUGUGGAAGACUGGGGCGAUGGUGGGCAUUUGAUGUCUUCUAACAAACAAAAGAUGAGAAAAUGUACUUUAAGCAACAGCAGUAAAGAAUAUCACCUCCAGUUCUAAGCAGAAUUUUAAGUAUUCUUCACAAGAGCUCUUGGUCUGAAAAGACAAAAACGGGCCUUGAUCAUUCUGAUCAAGGACCAAGAGCAGGACCAGGGGAUUCAGUGCGGCUCUUUUUGUGCUAAGGAUUUCAUCUCAGAGACAGCUGCACAUGGGAGGAAAAAAGGGU